GCUCGCACACCUACUUACCAACUUACUAUAUCCUCCUCGGCGUUGCUGCUCGUCGUCGCACCACCAGUACGGCUCGAGCUAACCGGUGCGCGCUAACGUCCACGCAACACUCCGACGUUCGGACACUCGCUCGCUCCCGUGCAUUUCGUAUACACCACGCGCUGUAAUAUUCACGACGACCCACACCCCGUGACUUGCAACAGUGUCUUUCUACCACCAACCCCCCUUGGUUUGCAAAAAAGAAAAAAGAAAAAAGAAAAAAGAAAAAAAAAAAAGAAGUUUUUUUUUUUUAAAUAAAACAAAGCCACAAAGUGUGUCAACUCCGCAGUGCCGGGGAGUGAAAAAAGGAGGGGGAGGGGGAGGGUGCGAGAGAGGACAAACUUUGUAUUGUGAAAACCAUAGAGCGAGCACAUGGCGUUCCUGAGGAGGUUGCCGAGCCGCGGCUGUUUCGCCGCCAAGCAGCAGUUGCGGCAGGUGGUGCGCGAGCGCACGAGCACGGCUACGACGGCCGGCGCGGCGACGCACCAUCAGGCCGAGGCUGGGGCGCAAACGGCCUCAACUGCCCAGCGCCAGGUCGACCCGUUGGAUCUCAAGUUCAACGAUCCGGUCGCUUCCUUCAAGAGCAAGACCAUGACGGAACUGGUCAGGGCUUACGUCGUCUAUCAGCUCUGCUCCAUCGAGUUCCUCGUCGAGAACAACAUGAAGUUGAUGAAGAUCGCGGAAAAAGUGCUGGGCGAGCGUUUGUUCUCGGCGAUGAUGAAGUCGACGUUUUACGGUCACUUCGUGGCCGGCGAGGACGAGAUAAAAAUCGCCCCCGUGCUCGGUAGACUGCGGCAGUUUGGCGUCAAGCCGAUUCUCGAUUACUCCGUCGAGGAGGACAUUACCCAAGAGGAGGCCGAGCGACGCGAAGUAUCGGCAUCGGUGUCCGAAGCCGGGGACGAGAAGAACACGGGCACGAUAAAAAAGUACCACGUGGAGAAGUCCUUCGCCGACAGGCGGUACAAAGUCUCGUCGGCGAGAACGUACUUUUACCUCAACGAAGCUUCUUGCGAGCGAAACAUGGACAUUUUCAUCAGGUGCCUCGAGGCUGUUGCAAGUGAGUUUAUUUUCAGUUUGAUGGAAUAUGUGCCAAAUUACAUUAUACUUUUCCUCCAUCGAAAUUAUUGUUUUUCAGGUAAUUCUUACGGCACGGGAUUCACGGCGAUAAAACUCACAGCCCUCGGCAGGCCGCAGCUUUUGCUUCAAUUGUCCGAGGUAAUAAUGCGAGCGCGCCAGUACGUCUCGGACGUGGUGGGCGGCCAGGGCGCGGUACUUGCGCACCACGCGAAGCCCGAGCUUUUCGAGAAAAAAUUCGAGGAGGCGCGUAUACGCGAGUGCGCCCCUGUGCAAAAGUUCUUGGAAAAAAUACAGUCGGACAAAGAAGGUGUUAUCCACUUGUUCCCGUGGAGCGGUAUCCUGGAUGAGAACUACGAGCUGAGCGAGACCUUCCAGGUGCCGGACAUAAAGACGGGCAAAAUGGUGAAACUGAUGACCCAACUGACCAGGAAAGAGGAGGAGAUGUUCCGCAACAUGAUCAGACGGCUCAACAGCAUCGUGGCGGUGGCCGACAAACUGGACGUGCGCAUAAUGAUAGACGCCGAGCAGACGUACUUCCAACCGGCGAUAUCCCGAUUGACCCUGGAGAUGAUGCGCAAGUACAAUACAAAGAGGGCCGUGGUCUUCAACACGUACCAGACCUACCUUCAGGACGCGUUCACCGAGGUCAAGACCGAUCUCGAGCAAUCCGAGCGACAGAACUUCUACUUUGGCGCCAAAAUCGUUCGGGGAGCCUAUAUCGAGCAGGAGAGGGCACGGGCUAACGCGAUGGGCUACCCGGACCCGACGAACCCCACCUACGAGGCAACGACCGACUCGUACCACAGGACCCUCAUGGAGUGCCUGCGCCGCAUGAAACAAUACAAGGACAAAGGGGAGGAUCCCAAGAAGAUCGGCAUCAUGGUAGCUUCGCACAACGAGGACACCGUGCGCUUUGCCAUCGAGAAAAUGAAGGAGAUCGGCAUCUCGCCCGAGGACAAGGUCAUCUGCUUCGGCCAGUUGUUCGGCAUGUGCGACUACCUGACAUUCCCCCUCGGCCAGUCUGGUUACUCGGCCUACAAGUACAUACCGUACGGGCCGGUGAAAGAGGUGCUGCCGUACCUGUCGCGGCGAGCCCAGGAGAACCGGGGCGUCCUCAAGAAGAUCAAAAAGGAGAAGCAGCUGCUCCUCAGCGAGAUCACGAGGCGCCUCACGCGCGGCCGUAUCUUUUACACGCCCAAGGGCAACUACACCCCGGUCUGAAGGACUCGGGUGCAACGACUGACGCAAAAGGAUCGCGCCGGGAUCUAUCGUACCUCCGUUGAAACUCUACACACACGCUCAUCCAACCAACUGUAUACGGCUACGACUGGUCCAUACGUGGUGCGAACUGCCUGUGCGGCUUUUAAAUACACAAUAAAGUAACAAGAGCAAACAGACAAACGUUCAAACAUAAUCAUCCCCAAUCGGUAAUUGAGAGUCGCGCGAAAUCACACGUGUUUCUCAGUCUUGUGUGAUCGGUAUGUGAGGGAGGGGGAAUAUCGGCGAGGCCGGGUUGAUUGUAUGGGUAUCACGCAAACGGAGAUGUAUCUGUGAGAUGCGUCGAGACGACUUAUCGAAUGAAAUAGUGAUUAAAAACUGAAGAAAAAAAAAAAAAAACAACAACAACAACAAAUAAAAGUUUUAUAUAGUUUCGCCACCCGGACAUCUCUACCGUCCCAUUAGAAAAUGUCACGUUACUUUCGCUUCCUCCGCUUGUCACCUAAUUUUUCUUUUUUCUUCGUUAACUAUAUUAUCCACGCUAGUGUUCGCUAAGUUAUAAUAGUCAAUAUACGACGAUGAUCUUUGGGUCGUACCUCUUACGCAGGAGUGUACCUAUUACACGUAAUGAAUCUCAAGGUGUUGUGUGCAAUCGUUGCGAAAGUUUACUCUCUGUUGUUACGCAUAUGUUUAUCAAACGAGAGAAUCUGCCGUUUCAAACGAAAAUGUAGAAAAGGUGGACAAAGCGAGGGAGAAAGUGCGAACUUUAUAUAGGGGGACGGAGGAGGUGAUCCGAAAACGAUGGUGGCAAUUAUACGUAUCUACGUAGCGCGUCGGGCACGCUAAUAUGCAUUUCAGCGAGUUACGAAUGAGGAUGAAUGAAGAAAAAAAAAAAAAAAAAUUUAACACAAAUAGUUACUGCUGAUCGCUGAAAAGCAUUUCGUAGAGGCUAUGAUUGCGUCGACGAGUGUAGGACGUCGAUGUCGGUAAAAAACGCAUGUAAUAGAUUCAAUAGAGCGGACGUGGUUUUUCUUUGAUAGACAUACUUACCGCCCGCUGCAACGAGUGAUCCACGUGCUUGUAGAAAAUUAAAAGGCGUCGAUUGUCUUCACUUUAUUACUGUAUUUUGUUACUCUAAAGACUUUUUUUUUUUUUUUUUUUUUUUUUUACUUAAAGAUAAAAAUGAUACGUUACGGCUUUGUAUUGCACACUAGGUGAGACGAGAUUGAAAAUUGGUGUGUUUUUUUUUGUUUUGUAUACAUUUGUUUGUCGUCACGAUGAAUGAAAGAAUCAUUGUGGUAUGGAAUUUGGUUGGGUUAGAUAAGAAAAAUAAUUCUUUUUACAACGGAUAACACACACGUUUUCUAUGUAUAUUUAUGAUUUUCGUCAGUGGCAGUUGUUUGGAAAAGAAAAAGAAAUGAGAUAUCAAAUUAUCAUUGAUUAUAUUGCGUCGGGUUUUGUUUUUAAAAACUUUGGAAAAUCACGAGGGUGAUCGAGAUUUUUAUAAAAAUAAUUUUAUUUUAUACCUCAUUUUAAUGAAUUUCAUCGCAAAAUACUUACUUCAAUACGGUACCUCGAAUUGAUAUUAACUUUUUAUUCUUAGAUGCAUUUUUCAUCUUGAAAUAUUUUGAAUGAGACACCCCUUGCUGACUUAUGGUAAGAUUUUAUCAAUGAAAGUGAAUGGAAAACCAUAUUUUUCAUCAAUUCUUGAAGAGAAUCGAUGCCAAUUAUCAGAGUAUUUAAUACUUGUGGCUUGUUAGGAUUUUCGGAAGCGACACGAGUGCCAGUUUAAUCGUAGAUAAGGAAAUUGAACGACUUAAAAAUAUGACUGUGAAACUUAAAUAAGAAAGUACAGUAUGCUUUGUCAGGAUUCUGAUGUUGAUUUUUAAAUGUUUUACUUACUUUUUAACUCGUCAAUUGAUUUUUACAACUUGAAAAUAAGCGAAAAGAAAAGUUUAUCCGCCCCAGUAUACGGUAAUCGCUUGCUUCCUUGAAAUCGUAUCGUUAAAAAAAAAAUAAAUUAAAUAAUAAAAUAUAAAAAAUACAUCAUCGAUGCAU